UGCCGCCACACAGAGCUGCUCUCCGAGUCACAGCUCGCACCCCAGGACACCAGAACUCCUCGACUGCGCGCCGUUUACACCCUGACAAUGAUGCGGCAGCGCCUGCUCGUCGCACUGCUCUUGCGAGCCUGCAGCAGCAUGCGCACGCCCCAGGCCGCAGUCACACGCCGCAGCAUCGGUGGGCUCGCGGCGGCGGGCGUCGCGCUGCGGCCGUCGUUGCCGGUGCUUGGCCAGCGUUGCAUGCGUGCCUUCGAAUUGCGCGCAGUUUUUGUCGACGCGCGGCGGGUCGCAUCGUCGACGGCGUAGGAGAUGCUUCGCGUCGAUGGCGUAGAGCGCCACAGAUGCCUGGCGUCGACGGCGUAGAGAGCGCCACACCACGGGCAUUUUUUGUCUACGCGCGAGCGUCACAGCACAACCGACACAGGCCUUGGCAAAAACGGACGAGGUCUUCGCGCCGGCGCCGGGCUCGCUCGCCGGCCGCACGGUGCUCAUCACGGGCGCGAACUCGGGCCUCGGCCUCGAGUCGGCCGCGCGGCUCGCCGCGGCCGGCGCCGACGUCGUCGCGACGGCGCGGACCGACGCCAAGGCCCAGCAGGCCGUGAAUGAAAUCGAAAAACGCACGGGCCGCAAAGUAUCAGGCGUCGCCCUGGACCUGGCUGAUUUGAAGAGCGUCAAGUCGCUGCCGAGCCGCCUGCCCAAGUCCGUAUCGAAAAUAGACGUGCUGAUGGAGAACGCGGGCGUCAUGGCCAUCCCCGAGCGCCUCGCGACGAAGGACGGCUUCGAGCGGCAGAUUGGCGUGAACCACCUCGGCCACUACGCGCUCGUCGCGAGUUUGCUGCCGCUGCUCGAGAAGAGUUCCGCUUUUAGGAUCGUGGCCGUCUCGUCGGACGCGAACAAGAUUGUAGAUGGGAAGGCCAUCGCCCAGGCGCUGGACGCGAACCUCGAGCCGCCCUACGGCGCGUGGACGAACUACGGCCUGUCCAAGGUUUUUAAUGUUCUAUUUGUCGAGGAGUUGCGACGGCGGCUCCCGUCAAAAGGCACCGCCGUGGCCGUGCACCCCGGCGUCGUGCAGACGGACCUGUCGCGGUAUCUGGUCCAGGGUGUCGACGCGGCCGAGGCCGGCGUGUCGCAGACGGAGGCGUUCGAGACGAUGUCGCCGCUACAAAAGAAGCUCAUGGAGGGCAUGGCCAAGUUCAUCUUGCCCGUGUCUUUGGGCGCGAACGGCCAAGUGCGCCUCGCGGCCGAGGCGGACCUCGCAGCCGACCCGGGCGGCCCUUACUUCGACGGUCUGAAGCGGGGGAACCCAAACAAAGCGGCGGGCGACGCGGCGCUCGCGCGGCGGCUCUGGGACGUGUCCGAGCGGCUCACGGGGGCGACGAUAAAUCUUUGA